GGUCCUCUGAAACCGGGUUUAUAUCUUGUUGGCACGCCAAUUGGGAAUCUUGAGGAUAUAACUUUAAGGGCCCUAAGAGUGUUGAAAUCUGCGGAUGUCAUACUCUCGGAGGAUACUAGGCAUUCCGGAAAGUUGCUACACUAUUACAAUAUUAGAACUCCACUU